AUGGACGAGGAGCUCCACAUCCAGAUAUGCGACAGUAUCAGUGUCGACUCCGAAGACGACGCGGAGGUAGGGGCCGGAGCGGACCAGGACGUCGGCGAUAUCCGACCACACAACCGGUACGGGCCUUGGACUAAGGCUCCGGGGCGUCCACGGAGGAGCCGUUUGGACUGCGAGUACGCAAUACUCGAGCUCUGCAAGGACUCCGACGGCCCCUCGGCUGAGAACAUCCGAACCACAACCAAAGCAUACGCCGACAACGCGAAUGCACUCAAGGAGGAUAGCCCACGGGAUUCCAUUGCCUUUCCCGAGCGCGCUCUGGAGCAACCCUCUCUACACAGCGCCGCCGGGGAGAGCCCACCGCAACCGAGAUCGACGACGACGCCUCGCUCGACGCCUUCGCAACCUUGCCUGGACCUGCACUUGCAACACCGCGACCACCAACAACACGUCUGUCUCGCACAGAGCGGAGCAUUCCCUUCGUCGUCGCCAGCGCCGUUGUCGCGCAUAUCGCAUCCCGCUUGGAACUCCGCCGCCGAGUCGGCUGUUGGGCACCCCAUCACGGGCGUCCGGAUGAUCGACGUUGAAGGCUACUACAUGGGGCCUUCUACCCAUCCCUCCCUCUCGGACCUCGCAUCCUCAGACGAGGCAUCCUCUGAUGAGGCUUCCUCCGACGAGGCUUCGCCGACUCUGCCGCGAAGCCGCCAUGACACGCCGCCGCCAUCGUACAUAGCGACGAUUGUCAUGUACAGGCCGUGGACUUGA